CUUGCUUUCGGCUCUCGGGCCACGGAAAUCCGCUGUCAUUUAGGCGCGCCAUCCCCGCUGUACUGGGAAAAGGGUGCAUCCUCGGCGGCGAUCCAUCUCAGUCCUUGCCUCCCUCUCCAUUUUGUCUAAAUGCCCUCCUUUAUUGAGCAUUUUUCCAAUUUGCCUUUGCAUCUUUCUUGAAGCAAAUCCGUCGCCAUCGGCAGAAAGUCCUCUGUUCAGUCUUUCUUACCCCCACGAAUUCCAAGACAGGCUUCAGUUACCCCACACUUCUGUACCUGCAGGCCAUUCAGCAGCUCCGUCGCUCGCGAUUGCAUUGCGCUCCCAAGACAUUUUGGAUAGCUAUUUAUCAUUUCAGUAUCUUUAACGAGCCAUCUGAAGUUGGUCUGCACUCGGCAGACCCCACGAAUACGCCAUGUUUGUCCUACCACCACCUCCCAGAUACCCUUCCCAAGCUGCGUAUAAUCUUGCUGUGGCCAAUGGACAAGCUGCGCCCAUGAUUGAAACCAACAAUAUCUUGACGCACCCUACGGGGCCAGAAUACCAGCUGGUGGUGGGCGAAGGCACAUAUAUUCUCAAGGAGGAUCUCCACCUAGCAACCCCCCCACCACACCCCUCUGAAGCUCCAGUCAUCAAUCCGAAUCCUCUUGCGACCACUCCUCAGCCGGCUACAGCAGGAACCAAACUCUCAUUGUUGUCGUUUAGUUCCCGGAGUUCAGCCCCACUCCUUUACAAGGUUGAUACUAACAGGAGUAUAAGAUCCGGGGGUCUUCAAAGCAGUAUACAGGAGCAUCCCAGUGAAGGGCGGCCGUCUGGCGACUUGGUCCCUGGAAGCAGUGAUGGGGGAGGGACAUCAAUGACUGGCAGUGCGAGGGCACCCCUCUCAAUCGGUUCCGCUCCAGCAUUCGGGGAAGGCAAUUCUAUGCUUUCUGCUCCGGCGACAAGCAAAGAUGCAGGAAAGCGGCGCAAACCCAAAAACAACAUCGCCAAGAGCAAUUCGUCAUUCAUAUCAAGGUGCAUAGUGCACGAGAACUUGACAAAAAGGCUACAAGAUAGACCGGCAGAUGGUUAUUUUGCCUUUGCGAACAUAAAUCGUGCUUUCCAAUGGCUUGACCUGUCAUCCCCUCAAAAGGCAGAACAUCUCACCAAGAUCCUGUUCACUAAAGGGCAUUGUCUUUGUCAUGAUAUAAACCAAUCCACUAAAGCGUCAAAUCAUAUUGAUCUUAUCAUGGGGUUUUCUACUGGAGAAAUCAUUUGGUUUGAACCCAUAAGUCAGAAAUACACACGCUUGAACAAAAAUGGAAUAAUUAACGCUACUCCUGUCUCCGAGAUUCGUUGGAUACCAGGAUCUGAGAACCUAUUUCUCGCUGCACAUAUGGAUGGGUCUCUGGUCGUAUAUGACAAAGAGAAAGAUGAUGCUGCAUUUUUACCAGAAGAGAAUGGCACACAUACGAAUGGAGAUUCGGAGAAGAGUAACGGAAGCGGGGAACACUCGGCGAAGCUUCAUGUGGACAAAUCUGUCCACUCCAAAAAUCAGAAGUUCAAUCCUAUCUCCUUCUGGAAGUUAUCAAACCAGCGCAUCAAUGCCUUCGCCUUCUCUCCAGACAACCGACAUUUGGCUGUAGUUUCCGAGGAUGGAACGCUGCGCAUCAUCGACUAUCUCAAGGAACAACUCUUGGAUCUUUAUGCGAGUUACUACGGUGGCUUCCUGUGUGUCUGCUGGUCACCAGAUGGCAAGUAUGUCCUCACCGGUGGUCAGGAUGACCUAGUCUCUAUCUGGUCCGUUGCCGAGUCUACAAUCGUUGCACGUUGCCAAGGUCAUCAAUCCUGGGUUACUGCUGUUUGCUUUGAUCCGUGGCGUUGCGAUGACCGAAACUAUCGCUUCGGGAGCGUUGGUGAAGAUUGCCGACUCCUGCUUUGGGAUUUUAGUGUAGGGAUGCUUCAUCGUCCAAAAGCAUCUUCUGUGAGGCAAAGGGGAAGCAUAUCGUCACGUUUCGCGAGUCCACUACAAAGAGCGGAGACACAGACUACCUCGGCAAGCAGGCUGAGGUCAAACUCCAGCCCCUCUUAUGAGAGUGAUGAGGAUCACACAGUUGAGCACCCUGUCGAACCGAGGGCUACAACAGCUAUGCUGCCACCAGUUAUGUCCAAAGUCAUAGACGCAGACCCACUAUGCUGGGUGGAGUUCACGGAGGAAUCUAUCAUUACAAGCUGUAAGAGUGGCCACAUUCGCACAUGGGACCGGCCUCGAGAUACUACCGGCAGUAAGAGCGAUACUACGUUAGCAUCUGCCUGAGCGCAAGAACUUACUUGUCUAGUCUCAUAAGAACGCAAAAUAUUUGCGAAACGAUGAAGGAUGCAAGAUGAUGAAGGAGGCAAUGCUUUCGUAUACCUUCAAAAGCACGUCCUGCAUAUUCGGUCUUGAUAUUUAUCGUAUGCCUUGUAGGCAAGGGCAUGAAUUCAUUCAGUUACGAGACGAUACAAACUCCAACCGUGUGACCUGUUGUGGUUCUGAGGCUUUAUUUCUGUUCAGCUUCUCUGGUAUGAAAGAAUAGCUCAACAGUCGGUAGAUGAGACUCAUCGCUCGCAGAGUAUAAACUCGUCUCACAAUUUCCGUCAAUGUGUGUUGCUUGUUUAGACACUCG